UACAGUAUCAUUUUAAGCAAUGUACAGUCAUAUUUAAAAGUGUAUUCAUAUUAAUAUUAUACAUAACAAUUUUAAUUUUAAAUUACCAUUGAUUACUAUAACUUUCUUCAUAAUAGAGUAACAUACCAUUGAGCGAAACUGUGCUGGUGUAUACAAUUGUUUAGCACAUGCUAAGAUUGUACUAGUUUUUCCAGUUCCGGGUGGCCCGUAAAACAACAAGUGAGGUUUUUAAAAGAAAAUGUAUUUUGUUGGAGUGGAUGUUGGAACAGGGAGUGUGCGGGCAGCUUUGGUUGAUAAAAUCGGUCGAAUAGUAAAGAAAUCUACUUGUCAAAUUGAAACAUGGAAUCCAGAACCAGAUUUUUACCAACAAUCGUCUGAAAACAUUUGGCAAUGUUGUUGUAAAGUCAUAAGGGAUGUAACUAAAGAAGUGCCGUCAACCGCAAUAAAAGGAAUUGGAUUUGAUGCUACAUGUUCGCUAGUUGUUAUCGAUACUAACGGUCAACCAUUAUCAGUUAGCAAAAACGGAGAACAAGAACAAAAUAUUAUAUUAUGGAUGGACCAUCGUGCUAAAAAAGAAGCGGAUAUUAUUAAUCAUACAAACCAUAAUGUAUUGAAGUAUGUAGGAGGAAAAAUAUCGUUGGAAAUGGAGACUCCGAAAAUUCUUUGGUUGAAAAAUAAUUUACCAAAGAAUAUAUUUUGGAAUAAAAUUGGCUAUCUUUUUGAUUUACCAGAUUAUUUGACAUGGAAGGCUACAAACACUCUUUCCAGAUCUCUUUGCACAGUUGUUUGCAAAUGGACGUACUGCGCACAUCUUGAAGCAGCUAGUUUGGGAACUUGGGAUAGUUCCUACUUUAAAAGUAUAGGUUUAGGAGAUCUAUGUGAAAAUAAUUGGAGGUUAAUUGGUAGUGAAAUAUUGGAACCAGGCCAACGUUGUGGAUCAGGAUUAACAAACAAAGCAGCAGAACAAUUGGAACUGGAUGUUGGAACACCAGUUGCUACAUCUUUAAUAGAUGCACAUGCUGGAGGAUUGGGAAUGAUAAGUAUAGCAUUGAAUAAAUGUUCAAAUAAUUUACAAAAUCGAUUAGUAAUGAUAUGUGGCACAUCAACUUGUCACAUGUUACUUAGCAACAAAGAAGUAUUUGUAAAUGGUAUUUGGGGUCCAUAUUAUAGUGCAAUGGUUCCAGGAAUGUGGCUUUUGGAAGGAGGACAAUCUGCUACCGGGAAACUAAUUGACCACGUAAUUCAUACACAUCCGGCUACGAGAAACAUUUCAAUUCCUGAAAACAUGAGAAUAGAAGACUAUUUAAAUAAACUUCUGCUUAAAAUGGCAAAUAAAAGAGGUAUCGAGGCAAUUGACUUUUUGACUGAAGAUUUUCAUAUUUAUCCAGAUUUUCAUGGUAACCGAUCGCCAAUAGCAGACCCUUCUCUUAAAGGGAUGAUUGUUGGGCUAUCACUUUCUGCUAAUGAAGAAAACCUAGGACUUAUAUAUUUAGCUACUAUACAAUCAUUGUGUUAUGGGACAAGGCACAUUAUGGAAUGUUUAGAAAAGGUUGAUAACACAUUGCAAGUGCAUGAAAUUCUUGUAUGUGGUGGUAUAAGUCAAAAUCAAAUGUUCUUGCAAUCUCAAGCUAAUACUGUGGGAUUACCAGUCUGGACGUCAGCAGAAAAUGAUCCAGUUUUGAUUGGCUCAGCUAUGCUUGCAGCUGCAUCGUCAAAAGAGUAUGAUUCAUUACAUGAAGCUAUACUUGGAAUGGCUAGUGACGGAAUAAAAACAGAGCCAAUAAUAAACACAAUAGAGUAUCACAACAGAAAAUACACAGUUUAUUUAGAAAUGUUAAAAAACCAGCAAACUUAUAAGGAUAUUAUGUCAAAUCAAAAACUAUAAGUGAUAAAAAAACAAGAUAAGUAGUUAAAACCAUUACAUUUUGUAAUUUUUUGAUGGUUUAGAAGCUAGUCUAGAAGAUCGCCUCACAUUUGUUUCACUACUAGUUUUGUUUGGUUUAUUGUUGGAGUUUCUUUUAUUAUGCGGAGUAGCAAUUCUCUCUUGUACGUGUUUUACAUUAUCACCUAAAAUAUAAGUUUAAAUAAAAUAAAACAUAAUUAACUACCUACAAUUUUGUAAUUUGACUACAUACAAUUAUAAGAAUUUUGAGGAGUCACAAAAUCGUCUGAGGUUGCUUUAGGAGAUUCAAAAUGAAUAUUUUUACGUUUCACUCCUUUUUCUUUAGCAGAUUUUUUUAAAGCAGGUUUUAAUGGCGAAACAUGUUGAUCAGCCAAAACAAUUGGCGUCAUACCAGACCUACGAGCAACAUAUGAUAGCUCCAUAGUUUUUAAUAACAUAGGUGUAAAGCUGACAUUCUUUUGAUUAAUUGAUGUUGGUGUACUGGAAAUCACUACAAACAUAUACAUUGCUUAUUUUAUUUUUAAAAAAAAAUCACCUAUUAUUUAUAUAAAUAUAUGACUUCAAUUAGAAAUGUACCUGUUAUAAAAAAUGUUUUUACACAUUAAGGUACAACAUAUAAUCACAUUUUAUGACUAGUAUUUUCUAUU